AUGGCGAGCCCCCUGCUUCUCGCCAGUCAUGGAGAGCGGCACGGCUCAUGGAACCCGGCGCGGCUCAUGGAACCAGCCACGGCAACUUACCCUCGGCAAGAUGAAGCACACCCAAACACGAGCGCCGUCGGUGCCCAGCCCAACCUACAAGGUCUGACUACCAGCUUCUUCAUACCCUUGCCCACGGCUCCCCAACUGUCGCCUCCUGAUGAGGGCCAUGGUGGCGUCUCCAUCUUCGAGUCUCUGAAGCGCCAAAUAGCCGUAGCCGAAGCCCGUGGAAGCGGGGGAAACGACAAAGACAUGGAUGAUUGCGUCAGCGACAUUCUCAAGGGAGCAAAAGCCACCGACGGAGCCUACCAACUCAUGCAGGACGUCCAAGUGGAACAAGCACACGAAGCAGAAGGCGUCCUGGAACCAGAAUUCUCUCGCGGGUAUACGCGUGCAUUGCACUCCCCAUGUGGCAAGGAUGAUCCCAUUUAA